AUGGACACCAGCAACAGCAUCAGACUGCUCACCCUCCUCAACGUCACUAGCAUCCUCAGCCCCACCGCACUCCAGCUCGCCCAGGAGGAAGACCGAUGGACAGUCGCAUCAAACACAACAACCAGCGACCACCGCCGCACCGUCUGCUUCCAACUCCAGCCGCCCACCCCCGCUAACACCGCCCUCAGACUGCCCAAGACCCUCCAGCCGGCCCUCGACACUCUCAACCAGCACGAACAACAGCUCUUCGACUCGAUCAAACACUACCAGGACGUCUGGCACACCGGCAUCCCCUACGACCACAACCGGGGCCACCUCCGCACGGCGGCAUCCCUGUGGGCGCUCCAGCAUAUCCUCAAAACCCGCGCCGAGAUCAUCAAGAAUAACGACCAUCUCGCUCCCCACCCAACGUGCACCCCCGAGGCGGAGGGCGAAGACCCGGCUGGCAAGAGGCGCAAACCAACCGCGCCAAACGCCGACCGCGAGAUCCGCGACCAAGGCUUCACACGCCCCAAGGUGCUCAUCCUCCUGCCCUUCCGCGCCGCCGCCCGCGACUGGGUCCACGCCCUCACCGCGCUGCCCGCCCCCGCCCCGGCCGUCAAGGGCCGCGAGCGCUUCGAGAAGGAGUACAGCCUCCCCGAGGGCACCCUCGACAGGCUCGACGCCCACGACGCCCACCUCCACUACCCGCUCGACCAUCGCAUCAUCUUCCGCGGCAACAUCGACGACGACUUCUUCCUCCCCAUCAAGUUCACCCGCAAGGAAAUCAGGCUCUACUCCGACUUCUAUCAGGCCGACCUCGUCCUCGGCUCCCCCGUCGGCCUCCGCAAGUUCAUCGAAAAGGAAGGGGACGCCGACUUCUUGUCGUCGAUCGAAAUCGCCAUCGUCGAUCAGAUGGACGUCAUGCAGAUGCAAAACUGGGACCAUGUCGAAUUUGUGGUUGAGCAUCUGAACCGGCUCCCGACGAAGCCGCGCGACACGGACUUCUCGCGGGUGAAGCCGUGGUACCUGGACGGGCACGCGCGCCACCUGCGCCAGAGCAUCCUGUUCUCGGCGCACGUGUCGCCGGCGCAGACGGCGCUGUUCCGCGGGCUGGCCAACGUGCGCGGGAAGGCGCUGGUGUUCCACGGGACGGACGCGUGGCGGGCGGGCGUGCUGGGCCGGGUGCGGCCGGGGCUGGUGCAGACCUGGCUGCCCGUGGACGUGGGCCCGGAGCCGGCGGAGGAGCCCGCGCGCCGGCUGGCCUUCUUCCGCACCCACGUCCUCCAGCCCCUCCUCCAGUCCGCGCUCGUCAAGGAGGGCCUCGGCGGCGUGCUCGUCUUCGUCCCGAGCUACUUCGACUUCGUCCGUCUCGAGGCCCUCUUCCGCACCCUCGACGUCUCCUUCGCCGCCAUCUCCGAGUACUCGAGCGUCGCCGAGACCAGCGCCGCACGCUCGGCCUUCUUCAACCGCCACGUCUCCUUCCUCCUCGUCUCCGAGCGCUUCCACUUCUUCACCCGCGCCGCCCUGCGCGGCGCCCGCAGACUCGUCUUCUAUGCGCCCCCCUCCCGGCCCGAGUUCUACCUCGAGCUCGUCAGCCAGUUCCCCUUCCUCGCCCGCAACCCCCGCGUCCCCGCCAAGCCCCCGUCGGACGAGCCCCUCCUCGAGCCGAAGGACGUCGCCGCGACCGUCCUCUUCUCCCCCCUCGACCAGCCCUACCUCGAGCCCAUCGUCGGGCUCGCCCACGCCCACAAAAUGCUCCGCAACAGCCCCGCCGCUCACAGCUUCACCUUCGUCUGA